GUAAAAGAGAUAUUUCAGGUUUGCAAUUAUUUAAAAAUGUCGAAUUUUGGGUAUUAUUCGUCAUCUAUUUCUUUUGUGCAGGUGGUAGUUUAAUGUUUUUAAAUAACAUUGGUGUUAUGGGUGAAGCAUUAAACGAGUCCGAUUCAGUUCAAAGUAAUCUUGUUAUUAUUUAUUCAGUCGGAAAUUGUGUUGGUCGUGUCGGAAUGGGCUUUCUUACAGAUUUAAUAUCAAAGAAAUUAUCAAAGUUUUGGUGCGUAGUUUUAUCAAGUUCCAUUAUCGCAGUUACUCAUUUGGUUACUGCUUUUGCUUUACAUCCAAUGUUAUACCCAGCCACAAUUUUAACUGGUAUCGGUUAUGGUGGUAUGGUAUCCAUUAUGGUUUCAUUGGCAUUUGUUAGAUUUGGUGCAAGAAGAUUUGGCUUUAAUUUUGGUGUUUUGGCUAUUUCCUCUGCAGCAUCUGCUCUUAUUUUCAGUACUUUUAGUGGUAAAAUAUAUGAUCACCUUUCAUCACAAGCUGAAGGUGGUGUUUGUUAUGGUAGCCAUUGUUUCCAAAUUUCACAUAUAAUUAGUUUUGUAACAAAUACAGUCUGUAUCUUCCUUGGUAUCUUCUUGGUCUACUAUAAUAAAAAGUUAUUAUUAAAAAGAAAACAAUAG